CCACGUGACCGCGAUGGAGGAUAGACCACGGCGGAUAUAUCGUAAAUCCAAAAGUGAGGAAGGUGGGGCGAACAAGCUGCCGCCACCGACCCCAUCGACGACGACAGCAACGGCGAAAAUGCCGCCUCCGCCAUCGACGACGACAGCAACGGCGAAAAUGCCGCCGCCGCCUCCGCCAUCGACGACGACAGCAACGGCGGCAAUGCCGUCGCCGCCUCCGCCAUCGACGACGACAGCAAAUGCGGCAAUGCCGCCGCCGCCUCCGCCUCCGCCAUUGACACCGAUGCCACCGACGAUGACGCCACCGCCGCCGCCACCGCCACCGCCACCGUCACCGCCACCGUCACCGCCACCGACACCGUCACUACCACAAGAGGAGAGAAAGCGAGCGAGCGCAAUGCAUAAG